CUCGAAAAACCGGCGAAGAGAAAGUUCCAGUUUUCCGGCGAAGGCGACCUGAGAAUUCCGGCGAGAUACCAACCUUCGAGAUGGCUGGGAAUAAACCAAACGACCUAGUCUAUUCUAGGAAGAAGCAUACGCAGGAAGGCCCCGAGAAGGACAAGGUGGAACUCAGAGUAUCCCCGAGGAGGAAACUCCCUCCGAGAAAUCCGCCGGAGGAAUUGGGCAGUACAAGCGUGGCUCCGACUGAAGAUCUUAUAGUUGAAGAGUUACCACCUAGACUCUUUGCCCUAGACCGGUACCCUGCGAAGACGAAGAUGAACGCGUACUCCAAACCGGAGUACCUUUCUGAUAUAGCACAAGUUCUUAAGGGAAAAGAGGAGAUGCAGUUUCUUCUCGAGUCUCCAUUUGGGGACCUUUUUAGGAUACCUGCUAACAAGUCUUCCUUCUCAGGUAAACUUGUUCUUGGACUAAUAUGUCGUCAGUUAGUGACGAGUAAAGUGAAUGAGAUGUGGAUGGUCUUCGGCGGUCAUCCAAUAAAAUUCGGAUUAAGAGAAUUUAGUCUGGUAACUGGUCUAGAAUGUGGGACAUAUCCCAACAAGAAAGACGUGACGGAUGUGCUAAAGGUUAAAGCUGGUAGUCAAAGUGUCUGGAAAACUCUGUUUGAGGAGAAGUUUGGGGAGAAGCCGAAUCCAACAGUGCAUGAUUUGGUGGUCUGGCUGAAGGAGGAGGAAACCAUGGAUGGGUGGAAGCAGCUGGCCUUAUCUCUUAUAAUCUUGGUAGAUGGUGUGAUAGGGUGCCAUAAUAACCCCAUAAGGCCUUCUGAGUUCACUGUUGAGAUGACGAAGGACGUGCAAUUCUUCUGCAAAUACCCUUGGGGAAGGGUGUCUUUUACCCGUACUUUGGAGAGGAUAGCAAAAUUCCAAACCCCUUCAGAUGCUCAAAAACUGAUAAGGUGUGUAAAGGAUGGGUCUUAUGCACUACAUGGAUUCCCAUUAGCACUCCAGCUGUUUGCGUUCGAAACAAUCCCAUCCCUUGCUAAGCUAGUACCUGAUGAUGAAGCUAACAGGACAUUUACUCAGAGGUCUAUCCAUCAUCUUGCCUCACUGCGGGCAAUCAGGACAUCCAGCAUCUUGGAGUGUGAGGCUGCUGAAGAGGUUGAGGUAACCUAUCUUGUGAAACCAGAGGACAAUAUUUGUCCUCCAUCCCUGUCAUGGGAUGAUGAAGUUGAGGAUCCAAGAGUUGCUUACAUUGAGCGACUGUUGUUAGCGGGUCAUGAGUGGAAGGAGGAAGAAUGGGUUGGAGGUAAUGCUGCAUUUCCAAAGCAGGAGCGCCCACCACAACUUGGAGAGAUACGUGUGAAGAAGAGGAAAAGAAAUGUACCAGCCCCGAAUGCACCUUCUUUGAAAAAACAGAAAUCUGUUGUGGAAGAAGAAAAUGAGGACACUGCUGAGGAUUGUUCUGAAGAUCCCCAGUUUGAGAAGUUUGUAGUUGAACUUAGGAGGCGUUUCAAGAGGCAGGAAGCACAAAAUAAACAAAUGCAAGAAGACUUGAAGAAAUUUGUCCGUAAGGAGAUUCGUGCUGCCUUAGAUCCAAAGGUCAAAAAGACAGAACCAACCAAAACUUCCCAUGCUUCACAGGGCCCAAAUAAAUCGGUGGGUAAGGCACCGAUGAGUGUGAAGAAGGCAUCUAAAAAGAUGUCUACAAAGAAAGUAUUCAAAUGA